AUGGCAGAGGACAACAUGAUCAUUGAAACUCCAGAAGGCGAAUUGCUGUAUAUCCGUCAAGAUAUUCAAUCAUCACCAUCAGCAGAAUCACUUCCUUGUCCUGCACUUCUCAACAUUGAAACUACCUCUGGACAAUUCGACCGCCAAGCUGAGCGAUGCCAAAGGUUGUCAGGGACCGAAGAGCGAGGUGGGUUAGGAGAAUGUAGUGUGGAUACGACUGGUCUACUCGAUCCACCCUCUUCUGGGCUUGCCAUAUUCAAUAGUAGGGGUGAUCGAAUUGAUGAUCCGGGUCUUUUUGCACAGAUAAUUGCUGCUGCGGCCUAUUCGUUUCCGGACUCUGAAUCUGAUGCGGUCGCUGGCGUAGAUCCUGCACAAUCGGCUAAUCACGAAGAAAUACGGUUAUCGUUAUCCAAGGGAGCUGACUACUCAGGCGCUGAUGAGCGCCAGGGCUCGUUGCGACUCAAUACUCGCUUGAACCAUUCGAGAUCGUCCCAAACUUUAAGAGUGUAA